GUGACGCGCCGGGCGGCCCUGGUCAGCGUGUGGGGCGAGCGGGAUGAACGCGCCUCCGGCCUUCGAGUCCUUCCUCCUCUUCGAGGGGGAGAAGAAGAUCACCAUCAACAAGGACACGAAGGUGCCCAACGCUUGUCUCUUCACCAUCAACAAGGAGGACCACACGCUGGGGAACAUCAUCAAGUCGCAGCUCCUGAAAGACCCCCAGGUGUUAUUUGCCGGGUACAAAGUCCCUCACCCCCUGGAACACAAAAUUAUCAUCCGAGUCCAAACCACCCCCGACUACAGCCCCCAGGAAGCUUUCACCAAUGCCAUCACCGACCUGAUCAGCGAGCUCUCCCUCCUGGAGGAGAGGUUUAGGGUUGCUAUUAAAGACAAACAAGAAGGAAUUGAGUGAAAUCACCAGGCUUGGAGUGGCCUGGGCUGCUCUGUUUGCUGAAGCUGUCUUGAAACCUCCAUUAAGGACAGAUCUUUUCCCCCCACUCCUGUUUAACUUUUGGCAGCAGCCACCAUCUUUUGAGGUUGGGUUUUCUGUACCAGACAGGCACGUUGCCAGAAGGAUGUAUAUCUUGUUUGAUUGGAUGAUCAGCUCAUUAAAAUGAUUUCUACUUUUCUAA